CAGUUAAAGUUAUUCUAUAAGUAGAACGGCCUCAAGAACUGAAACGGAGAACCAUAAGUUUUAAGUUUCAACUGUUUUCCUUGAUUUUGUUCUUAUCUCUUUCAAGAUGAUGUUUUUUGGUAGAGGGUCCCCUCAACUUGUCUGUGCACUUGUAAUUUUACUGCAUGCGGGAGGUGCUGUUGGAUUCAAUUCAACAUCAGGAGCUGCUGGGGUUAGGUGCAUAGAGAGGGAAAGACAAGCGCUUCUCAUGUUUAAACAAAGUCUGGUUGAUGAGCAAGAUGUGCUUUCCACAUGGGGAAGUGAAGAACGGAGGAAGGAUUGUUGCAGCUGGACAGGAGUUAAAUGUAGCAACAGAACUGGGCACGUAAUUUGGCUUGAUCUUCAUGAUAAAUCUUUAAGUGGUACGCUGAGUCCUUCUCUGUUUAAAUUGCAGUAUUUAACUUAUUUAAACCUCAGUUGGAAUGAUAUUGGUUCUAUCCGCAUUCCAGAGUCAAUUAGUUCACUCAAGCAAUUAAAAUAUCUUGACCUUUCUGUUAAUAGGUUAAGUGGAUCGCUUCCUAUUCUGCUAGGAAACCUCACAAGUUUGCGUUUCCUUGAUCUUAGUUUUAACAAAUUUUACAGUGUUGAAAAUCUUGAGUGGCUCUCUCAUCUUUCUCUUUUGAAAUACCUUGAUCUGAGUGGAAUCGACCUUAGCAAGGUUAAUAAUUGGCUGCAGCUGGUUAAUAAGCUUCCUCAUCUAACCAACCUGCGGCUCAAUUCUUGUAAUCUUCUAGAUGUCAUUCCUCAACCUCUCCCCAUGAACAAUAGUUCUAUUUCUCUUGCUGUCCUUGAGUUAUAUGAUAAUAACUUGACUGCUACAAUGUUCCAAUGGCUUUUCAACUUUAGCAAUAGCCUUGUCCAUCUCGGCCUAUCUUACAAUCAGUUACAAGGUUUGAUUCCAGAAGCUUUUGGUAACAUGAUUUUCCUAGAAGAACUAUAUCUCUCGGAUAAUCAAUUUGAAGGUGGGAUUCAAAAAUCCUUUGGCAACAUGUGCAAAUUAAGGCUUCUAGACCUGUCAUCUAACAAUCUCAAAGGAAUGCUUCCUGAUUUCUUGGGCAACUUGUCUGGAUGUCUGGAACUUACCUUCGAGUCUUUGUACAUACGAAAUAACAAAUUCAUGGGACCUUUACCCAAUGCAAUUAGAAACUUUCCAUCAUUGAAGGUGUUGUCUCUUUCAUACAAUAGACUAAAUGGGACUGUACCCAACUGGAGCGGACUCUUGUCCGAGCUUGAGGAAUUUUAUAUCAGUGGUAAUUCUUUUAAUGGGGUGAUCACUGAGGCACAUUUCUCAAAGCUCUCCAAGUUAAAAGGGUUGUCACUGUCUUCUAAUUUUUUAAGCUUCAACAUUAGCCUGGACUGGAUUCCACCUUUCCAGUUGGAUGGCAUAUAUCUCAGUUCUUGCAAGUUAGGUCCAAAAUUUCCAAAAUGGCUACAGACUCAAGGAAGCUUCUUGUAUCUUGAUCUCUCUAGUAACGAAAUUUCAGAUACCAUUCCCGAUUUGAGUCAAAAUAAGUUGGAGGGUCCAUUGCCACUAUUCCCUGCUAAUAGCACGUCAUUAUCACUCUCCAACAAUGGAUUUUCUGGGAAAAUUUCUUCCCUCUGUUCUAUAACUGGUAACAUGUUUGCGUUACUUGAUAUUUCGUUCAAUCAACUAUCCGGAGAGCUUCCUGACUGCAUGGCAAGUUGGUCAAAAUUAGAGAUUCUAAAUUUGGGUCACAAUCAUUUAUUUGGGAAAAUUCCAAUCUUUAUUGGAUCUCUUAAAAUGCUUGAAACGUUGGUUUUGCGCAACAACAGCUUCUCUGGUGAAAUACCUUGGUCUUUAGGAGACUGCAAUCACUUGCAAUUUGUGGACAUGAGUCAUAAUAAUUUCUCAGGACCACUGCCAGGCUGGAUUGGAGAAAGAUUGGUCAACCUAACCUACCUUCUCCUUGGAUCCAAUAAUUUCUACGGAGAUAUCCCCUUACGCCUAUGCCAAUUGACAAAAAUUAUGGUGCUGGACUUCUCUAACAACACACUCUGUGGAAACAUACCAUGGUGCAUUGAUAAUAUGACUGCCUUGACCAAAAAGGAGAAUUUGGUCGAUGAUCAUUGGUAUGUUCUUUAUUUGGGAAAUAAUGUCCGUCGUGGUGCUGCCUAUGUUGAUAAAGCAUAUAUUGUGUGGAAAGGAACAGAAUAUGAAUUUGCAGAAAAUCUGAAGAUUCUGAGGCUCAUUGACCUUUCAAGCAACAAUUUAACUGGAGAAAUUCCACAGCAGAUAUGGAGUCUCUUUGAACUGGUGCAAUUGAAUUUAUCAAGAAAUCAAUUAACGGGAAGGAUUCCAGCAGAUAUAGGACAAAUGAGAAGCUUAGAAUCACUUGAUCUAUCACGAAACCAGCUUUCAGGCCGGCUUCCUUCAAGCAUGUCUCAGUUAAGUUUUCUCAGUGCCUUGAACUUGUCAAAUAACAACUUUUAUGGGAGAAUUCCAUUAGGCACCCAAUUGCAGACCUUUUCUCCUUAUGCAUUUGCUGGUAAUUCUGCACUAUGUGGGCCUCCGCUAACACCAACAUGCCCAGAAGAUGAGAAACCUUCGGCUGGUUGUGGUAGAGAUAUCCAAGAUGAUGGGGACGAAUUCUGGAAAGGGUUUAAACCCAGCAUGGAACUCGGAAUGGCUUUUGGGUUUUUGGGAGUAUUGGCUUUAAAGUUGGAUCAUCCAUGGAAACAUGUCUGCAUAUUGCUAUUCAACUACAUGAAGAUCCCCCUCAACAACUUGAAGGGCUACCUCUAUUUGAUUGUCGCAGCACUUGGUUUAGUAGUAACGGUGAAUGCUACCAGAUUGCGAAGAAAGUUUAGGUUUUAGGACCCAUCACUCUUUCUGUAGCGUGUAGAGAAGUGGGUAUGUAUUAUGUUUGUUUAUGCCAUCUUGUUGAUUAAAAGCAUUACUUCAUUGAAUAACAAAUCCGCCUCUGACCGUUGUUUUCAGGUUCAAAAUGUUUGUUAAGGCUUCAGCCUUCAAGGAUUCAACUUCUCUGGUGAUGUGAAAUUCCAGCGUGUCUUUUCAACCCUCAUAAGAUUCCACAUUUGGCUUCCUUUCCAAGCAGUAGUGUAAAUUUUUUUUUUUUGUUUUUUAUGUAUAUGCUCUGUUAUGUUGUGGUCUGAAACUCUGAAUGGAUGGUUUAUGUCUUGUGUUGUAUUAGCUUUCAUCCACAUUUGUGUUGGAUGGUUUGUGUUGGUUUCCUUAAGGGCAAUAUUUUUCAAUAAAAACAGCUACGCAAC